AUUCGACCACCGACUACGAUAAGCUUUCGUUCUUUUCUCUCAUCCUUCCAUUUCGUUUUUCACUUUCUCUCUAUUUGUCUCAUCAAACUCUGUUAUUGCUACUGAUUUCGUGCACCACCAUUGUCCUCCCUGUUCACCAAGUCACCUGCGGUAAGUUAUCUUCUUUCUCUAAUUUUAUUCAGUUUGUCCCUCAAAAUAGCAGUCACUGCUUUGCUUUUGUGAAGUAUUUUGCAUUAUUGAGUUACAAAUUUUUGGAGUUUAGGGGUGGAAAUGAGAGGAUUAGCUAAGUGAUUGAGGUACACGAAAGCUAAAAUAGGAAAAGCUUAAAUCUUGUGAGUUUAUGUAUCUCUUUCACAUCAUGAGUGGUUCCGUUCAACACCACCGUAACCUCCGUAAGAGUUAGAUUUGGGGAUUAUUUUUUAGUUAGGUUUGAUCGCUUGAUUGUGGGUAUUUUGUAUGCCUCACUUUUGUUUUUAUGGUUUUAGUUCUGAUCUUUGAUAAGCUUUUUAAAGCCCCAAUGAGCUGGAAACAUACUUCUUUUGUUGAAAAUAACUGUUCUUUCUGCUCUUGUUGGCUGGGCUGCUCCAAAUCUUGUAAGAGUCACACUUUUCUUCUAAAAAUAACUAGUCCUUGUAUAUUAAUUUCUUUAUGCUUGAAGAAGCAGUUCCAAUCUCUGAUAAGUGUUUUUUUUAUACUUGUAAAAUUAAUUGUUUUGUGUCUUGUGCUGAAUGUCAAACAAUAUUAGAUAAUUAGUUAGUUUCACAUAUGUCAUGUUUGCUUGGAAAUUGUAUAUUUUGGAAGAUAAUGAAAGAAUAUCAGGCAUAUGGCACUUAAAAAGAAAAAAAAAGAAAAAAAAAAAAGAAAAGAAAAGAAAGAAAGAAUAUCAGACAUAUGGUAGUGGCCUAAAGAUAGAAAACUUCUCUGUUGUUGUGCAAAUAAUAUAUUUUGCCAGUUCGGCUAGAAAUGGCUAAUAUUGAUUUUUCUUGAGUUUGCGAGUUUUCAUAGAAUAUCUUCCUAUUGGACAUGUCUUGUUCACAAUUAAUAAGGAUCAUUCAAAACAGUAGACCACUGCUCAUAGGGUACAUGUAUUUUAUCGCAUCAGGUUUGUCUUUCUAAACCUUGUAAAAAAUACUAAAGGAAAUAGGUGUGUAAAAUUGGCUGAAACCUUGGCGAGCAUCAUCAACACCUCUUCAUGCUCAAGGUUGUGAUUGGCAAUUAUGCAAUAAUACUAGCAUAAUCAACAAGCUGACCGAAAUGGUGUUGUUGAUAAACAGACCAACAAUUCUGCAGUUGUUACUGAAAACAUAAGGUGGCAUUAGGUUACUUUUCUCCAUGACUCCUUUAGGCCAAUAAUGUUCUGAUAGUAAGCAACCAUAGCACUUGAUGUUAGAUAGUGCAACCUCAAAGAUCGUUUUCACAACAAUCAGUGUUGAUAUAUCAGCCAAUAAACUGGUGAAGUUUUCACACCAAAUGUUUGUAUUUGUCUAAAGGUAAAAAUUUUCUAUGGGGGAUGGUCUGAAGUCGGAUUGUCAUGCCCGUUUCGUUGGAAGAGGUAAAACAUCACAAACGAUGUUAACAUUUCAGUCACAAUGAUACCCAUCUCAUCUCUGACAACAUUGUGAUUUCUUUCUGUUUAAAGUUUUAACCUUUUCAAAAACAAAUUUGUUUGACUUUAUAUUGCAGUAUGGGAUAGCAUAGAUGUACAUGGUCAUGAAGAUGCAGCAAAAGAACACGACUAGUACUGAAGGGAUUGAAGUAUUGGAGAGCAGAACCUUUGAAGAUAAUGUGUAUGGAAUGGGUCAAUACACUUCUAAAGUUUAUCAUCUGCAAAGGACAAAUCAAAACAAGAAUGAAGAGGAAGAGAAAGAUGAAGAAGAGGAGAAUGCUGAAGAUGAGGAAGAUCAAGAGGAAGAUGAAGAAGAGGAAGAGAACAAUGAGGACAAUGAUUGAGGGUCAGGAUUACAAAUUAGACUAUAAUUGAGACUAUAUUUAUGAUAUUUGUCAUAUAUCGACGUUUGCUCUGUUUAAUGGUAUUUGUAACUUUUCUUAAUUAAGACUAAAUUUAUGGUUAUGUCAUAUAUCAACGUUUGUUCUGUUUUGUUAAGUUGGAAUUAGGACAGAUUAUAAAAGGAUAAGUGUUGGAUUA